CACAAUACCAACGUGUCAUGGCAGCGCCCAUGUUGACUCCUCUGGGUGUACACUUUUCAGUUGGUUACCGAGUUUAGUUACUGCUGCAAACAGCUACAGUAUAUUUAAACAGACAGCAUGGCAGAUGAUGAGGAUGACUUUGAAGAUUUUGGAGGAUUUGAGGCUGCUGAACCUGUAGAACCUCAGAUAGCACAACCAGUGCAAGGGUUACCAGCCACAGCUGUGCCAUGGGCUUUUCUCACUGCAGUGUCAACUGCAGCAGGGAACCAGCCUGAUCUCAUUCAACCCCCAGCAUCAAAGGGACUCUCUUCAGAACAAGACACAAAGCCUCCACAGAGUGAAGAACAGCAAAAUGAACCAUUAUUUCAAGCAAAUUUUGAUCAACCUCAGUUUCAGGGAAAUUUUGACCUGCAAAAUCAUGAUUUAGCUGCUCAGCCUGAAGUUAUUCCAAGGAAUAUAGAAAAUGAACAGGUUGACUCUUCAUCUUCCCUCCAACAAAAUGUGACUGCAGGAGGAGAGGUAACUCCAGAUCUUGCUCAAGUUCAGCAAGUGAGUCAUAGGAGCACAACCUCUUCAACCUCUGAGCCUUCACAAUCUACAAGUCAAUGUGUGGUGUCUGACUUGGAACAGGGUGCACAAAAAGACAGCUAUAAUGCAAGCAACCAUGUAGACGCUAACUCAGUGGAUGCUAAAGGGCAGAGUGUGAGAGGCAGUGAUGUAGGGACUGGGGGAGGUGGAGCUAAGGACUCAAAUGUAGAUGUGCAGGAAGUGAAGCAGUUACAGGAAGCUCUCAGCUCAUCUGAACAAGAGAAAAUGGAAUUGAAACAGGAGCUUGAAACUUUAUUGCACAACAAGCAGCAACUAGAGCAACAGCUGGAAGAAAAUAGAGAAAAACUUGAAACACUAAAGAAAAAGUACGAAGAAAUGCAGGUUAGCCAUGAGAGCUCAUUAGAGGAUUUGAGAAAGGCUGGUCAUGCUGCCCUUGCUGUGGUAGUAGAAGAAUACAAGGAAUUAAGUAAGACUGCAGUAUGUGAACAACAGGUGGCAGCACAGGAACAAAUUAAAGAAGUACUGAAGAGAGAAAGUGAAAGUUGCCAGGAAAUCAUGAAAGGCCAACAAGCAGAUAUGAAUAAACUGUUGGCUGAUGCUAAAGAAGAGAUGAAACAGCAAGCCAAAGAGGCUUUGGAAGAAGAAAGACAAAGAUUCCAGCAGCUACUGGAGACUGCACUAGAAGAGGAAAGGGAGAAGAGUCGUUUAGCUGUUCAGAAGGCUGUGAAGGAAGAGCAAUGUGCUUGUGAAAAAGCUAUAAUGGAAGCAGUAAAAGCAGAGAGUGUGAGGACAACCCAGCUUCUUGAAGAAGAAAGGGAAAAAAUGUCUGUUUUGAUGAAAGAAGAGCAGACAAAAAGUUCAGAAACAUUGGGAAUGGAGCUGGAAAAAGAAAGACAAAGUAGCAAGGAAUUUUUGAAAAAGUGCUUGGAAGAAGAACGACAGACUUGGGAAAAGACAGCAAAAGCCAUGCGUGAAGAUAUGAGUGAAGAUCUGCAGAGGCAUUUUACUGAUCAGAAACAAGCUGACAGUGCACUAAGGCAGAAAUCUCUGGCAACCAUGGAUAUUUUUCUGGAGAGUGCACGCCACCAACUGAAGGUGCUAAUGGAACAAGGGAAGGAGGAUUGCAGUUAAGAAGGGAGGACAAACAAAGCUGAAUCCUCAGUGCCCAAUGAGUCAUUUUAAACAUUACAAUACAAAUUUAUAUGAUGUGGAAUAAGUAUGUGGUGAUAUUUGCAAGUGCAAUUUUAGACCUUUUAUUAGGUGGGAAAGGUGUAUUUUCAUAGCUGUUAUUGUGCACGCACCGGUAUAAGAUCAAUUAUAUACUAGUUGUGGGUGAAAUAAUGAUGUCUAAGUUUGUUGAACUUGAAUUGUUCAUUACAUUCCAGGAGGAAUUUAGUUUUUAGUUUAGUGUAUAAAUUAUU